ACCAAAAAAUAAUGUAAAAACUGUUUUGGUACUAAGGUAUAUUUUGUCCAUGCCAGCAAACACUCAAGAUGAUGUAAUCACUUUAUUGAAGACCAUUAGAGAACAGAACAAUCAAAUUUUGCAGUGGAUCCGAAAACAAGAUCGCAGUGGCAAUCACGCCAGUAAUACAGAUUUACCAGAUGAUAUAGGCGUACAGUUUCCUUUGAAUUCUCAAGAGGAUAUUACCAAAUUGGAAACAUACCUGAGUGAAAAAAAUAAUUGCCUGGCUUUGUCGGCAUAUCUAUCGACUUUUGGAGGGAGAGAUUUUACUGGACAUACAAACCGCAUUUUAAAUUUUUUGUUCACUUAUUCUCUUGCAACUAAUUGGAAUUUUGGUGGCAAACGAGGUGAGAAAACGGCUUUUAAAAACUUAAACGUAAAGGAUGUGAUUAUUGGUGCUGUAAGAAAAAGCUCCCCUCUAGUCAGUCAGAAAGAAAUAGAAGAUACCAUCAAGAUGUGGUUGAAACAUGCACCAGAGAAAUUGAAAAAGCAGCAGCAUGGCAACCCGUAAGAAAAAAAGUGUUGUUAGUCAAAGACAACUCUACAGAAGGGUGGCAGAAGCAAAUUUAGCACCUGUGAGUCAGAAUUGUUAUAAUACAUCUUUAAUAGUUAAUAAUGAUUCCAAUGAAUCAUCAAAUUCCGUUUUUUUUUGCUGAUUCAAUGUGUGAAAGUGAAAAUGACACCUGUUCCUCAAGAGAUUUAGAUUUUAAUGUAAACUCGCCUAAUGAAAAUUUGCUCUUCAAUGAUGCGACGUUAUACAACCAUUUGACUUCCUAUUCCAGUAACGUGCCCCCUAACGAUUUAUUUUCUAAUGAACCGCCGCCUAGCGAUUUGCAUUCGAAAUUGUCAAACUGGGCAGCUUCAAGGUACGUUCGACGUACAGUAGUUACUCAUCUCUUGCAUAUCUUACAUCCAUACCAUAAUGAGUUACCGUUAGACAGUCGAACGCUGCUGAAAACGCCCAGAGAAACGAAAACAAAAUCGUUGUUAAAUGGCGAAUAUUGUCAUUUUGGACUUGUUAACGCUUUAAAAUUAAAGUUAUUGUCAGUGCCCAAUAUUUCUCAGUACAGCAUUAUCAACAUUUCAUUUAAUGUAGAUGGACUGCCCAUUUAUAGAAAUGGUCAGAAACAUGAUCUCUGGCCCAUUUUAGCACUUGUAAAAAAUUUUAAGAGUGAGCCGUUUGUUGUUGGUUCUUUUUUAGGAAGUGGCAAACCAAAUUUAUUGUCAGCGUUUUUAGAAGAUUUUUUAAUUGAGUUAUCGAACUUACUUACCACGGGCAUUGAAAUUAAUAAUAAUAUCCAUGAAGUAAAAGUUCACAGCUUUGUUUGCGAUGCUCCUGCGCGCGCAUAUCUGAAAUGUGUGAAGACCCUAUGUCUUUCCUUUAGACUAUAUGCACCUAGUUUGUCUAGGUGUAAUGAAAAAACUUUUGCGUAUUUGGACAGGACGCGCAAGCCGAGCCAAAAUGAGCUCUACUGCAUUUCAAAAUGUAUCUGAAAAAAUUGUUUUUCUCAGUAAAUGUAUUCCAGUAGAAUUCAAUCGGAAAGGGCGCAGUUUGUCUCAGUUGGCAGAUUGGAAAGCAACGGAAUUUCGAACAUUUUUACUGUAUAUUGGGCCAGUUGCUUUGUAUGGGAAUGUCGAUUUGGCAAUAUAUGAGCAUUUUUUGCUAUUUCAUUGUUCAAUUAUGAUACUUAUUUCUAAACGCCAUAUUGAAAAAUUCGGAGUUCCAUUUGCGCGCCAACUUUUGCAUUUAUUCGUAACGCACAGUGAAAAGAUCUACGGAUUAGAGUUCUUAGUUUACAAUGUACAUUCCUUAUUACAUUUGGCAGAUGACGUUGAAAAUUUCGGGCCACUAGACAAUUCGUCAGCAUUUCCAUUUGAAAAUUAUCUCCACCAUUUAAAAUCGUUAGUUCAGUCUCCGAAUAAACCAUUACAAGAGAUUAAUAGACGCUUAAAAGAAAUUGAAAUGACAGUGUACGAAAAACAUGACUCUACUUCACCUGAUGAUGAACACUUCUGUAAAUGUGAAUUGUCCCAUUUCUUAGGACCAACGCCAAAUUUCUCUUGCAAGCAGUAUAAAAAGCUUCAUUAUAAAGAUUUUAUUUUUUCUAUUGCAUCAUAUUCAGAAGCAAAUUGUUUUUGUCUUACCUUAGAAGGACUGGUUUUCAAAAUAGAAAAUAUAGUAGUGGAUAAUAAUGGAGCAGUUUUUAUAUUAGGUAGGAGGUUUCAGGAUUACCGUUCAUUUUACAAAUACCCUGUCGACUCAAAAGAAUUCUAUGUUUAUCGCAUCCAAAAUUUAUCAGAGUAUAUCGAGUUAUUGCACUGCCACAAAGUUUUUUCGAAAUGUAUUGUUUUUCCUUUCAAGCAGGAAUGGUUGUCAUUUUCAUUAUUGCAUCAUUAGUAAUUCCUUAUUUCAACUUUUAUGUUCUAUAAGUGUAAUAGUAUGUAGUUUUUUAAGAUUUUGUAAUAAACUGGUAUUAAUUUGAA